UACGAGGAACUGUAAACAAAAAAAACAACGGAAUUUCUCGAAACCCCGUGAAUCGUGAUAUUUGAUUUUUCUUCUUUUAUGCUAAUUUCAGUACUACAAACCACAAAAUUUUAUCCUUUAUUUCUUGCUAGACUGGCAAAAAAGCAAAAUUCCUGUGUCGGAAGGUAGGCAACUGGAGGAGAGAGAAAGAAAAGUUGUUUGAGUAAUGAGAUAAAGCUUUCGCUGUUUUCUCUCUCACACUUUCCUCUUUCUUUCUCUCUCUUCUUUUACUUUCUCUCUCUAGGGAUUGCGCACUCUCUCUACUCUAGUCUCUACUAUACAGGUGCAUAUCACUAUGGAGUAUGGACUGACAAAUAUCCACACACAAAUUUCCUGAUGUUAUUCUCUCUUUUUCACUCUUCGAUUUGGUUUACCGUAGAUCUAAUUGGUGCCUGAAGAAGUUCAAGCUGCUGAUAUUGUAGUAACUAGUAUCCUGUCCAAUGGAAGAUACUCAAUCCGUUGGUGUGCUCAUAGACUCUGCGACCUCUAAGAUACAACAACUUCAGAAAGCGUUUGCCGAGCUUGAAAGUCACCGAGCUGUUAGCUUAAAUCUGAAAUGGAAAGAGCUGGAGGCCCAUUUCCAUGGUUUGGAGAAGUCUCUAAAGAGGCGCUUCCAUGAACUGGAAGACCAGGAGAAGGAAUAUGAAAGCAAGACAGUAGAAGCACAGGAGAUGAUAGAGAAGCGUAAAGCAGCUGUUGUGGCCAAGGAGCAGGCUUCUUUAGAGAAGCUUCAGGAGAAGAGGGAUGCUGCUGUUUUUGCCAUUGCGAUUGCUAGAGAGAAGCACCGAAGGGUGUCAUGUGAAGAAUAUUCUGUAGACAACAGUGAGAGCCAAAGUGGAACCAUGGAGGAGACACCAACUAAUUCUAUGAUAUCUGAGAUUACUUCUGAUUACACAAGUGGAACAGUUGAAGAUGGAAGUUCAGAAGUGCAGUCAGCUGAUAAUGGAAAUGGGGAGGUGGCGUCUUACCCGGAGCUUGUCAAAUUAUGUGAAGAGAUGGACGCAGAGGGUCUUCAUAAUUUCAUAUCCGACAACCGCAAGAACCUUGCAUCAAUGAAGGAAGAAAUUCCACAGGCUUUAAAUGCUGCAGCUGAUCCUGCUUGUUUGGUUCUUGAUUCGCUGAAAAACUUCUACCGCGGUGAUAUGACAAACUUGGAUGCCAAAAAGGAUUCCAGUCUUCUGGGUCUCCGCCGAACCUGCAUCAUGCUGAUGGAGUGUCUUAGCAUUUUGUUUAUGGGUCUGGAUGCAGCCUCUGUUUCUGAAAUAAUCUCUGCAGAUGUCAAGGCACGAGCAAAAGCUAUUGCAGAAGCAUGGAAGCCAAAGCUCAAUGGACUUGACAUGGAAGCUGGCAGUGGAAACUCCUUGGAGGCUCAUGCAUUUUUACAGCUUCUGGCAACUUUCUCUAUUGCAUCUGAUUUCAACACGGAAGAACUAACCAAACUAGUACCUUUGGUGUCACGUCGUCGCCAAGCUGCUGAUCUCUGCCGCUCACUAGGGUUAUCUUACAAGAUGCCAGGUGUAAUUGAAGUGCUGAUAAGUAGUGGCAGACAAAUCGACGCUGUGAAUUUGGCCAUCCAAUUUGAGCUGACAGAGCAGUUUUCACCCGUGCCUCUGCUCCAAUCCUAUAUAAAGGAAGCUAAAAAGGUUCUUCCUCCAGCUAAACCUGGAAAUGUAUCCCCUUCAUCUCCCAAUGCACAGAGCAAUGAGGUUAAUGAACGAGAGCUCAGUGCUCUGAAAGCUGUUAUAAAAUGCGUGGAAGAACAUAAGCUCGAAGGACACUUCUCCGUGGACACUCUGGCAAAACGUGUACUCCAGCUUGAGAAGGCAAAAGCAGAUAAGAAACGAGGAACUGAAGUUACUAAACCUCAAUCCAAGAGGCCCCGUGCUACAAAUGUGGGUUAUGGUCCCCGCAUCACUAACAUUGCUCCCAACGCUUCCCCCUAUGCUGCUAGGCUGACUGACAGGUACCCUCCCCAGUAUGUUUUCGACAACAGACCGUACGUUUACACUGCUGGACCUACUGACAAUCACUGUCCCCCUGUCUUGGGUGCCCCUGCUUAUGGCUUCCCUCCUGGUCACGGUAAUUACUACGGCAAUGGUUACCAGUACCAGGCCCCUCCUUAUCUUCACUAGUUAGUACUGAUGCUAAUUGGUGAUCUUCAUGAACUUCUGAUUUUAACUGCUUAGUUUUUAACCCUUUUCUAAGAUGUCAGGUGUUGUACGGUUAAUCUUAGUAUUAGGUGGGAAAAAACUGAGAUAAUGGAAGGCGGAGAAAAAAAAAGUUUAAUGUUCUAGCCUCUUUUCAGUUUUUAUGUAUUAUAAAUUUAUAAUCAGACUUUUUAAUCCUCUAAUAUAUGGAUCGACUGUGUUUUCUGUUGUA